CUUAACGAAAUCCGCCCGUAAAGGUGUUCGUUUCUACGUGUUUUCUGCCGUAUUGGAAAAAAGGUUUUAGUUUAAGUGAUAAAUUGUGUACAAAAAAUUCCAAACAUAUAAAUCUUUAUAUUUAGUAUUUGUGGAGUGUAAAGUGAUAGUGUUUUAAGUUAGUCUGUUUAUAACCUUUUAAGUGCUUAAUCGAUAUUGUCUAAAAGUGCCGAAAUAACAUUUCAUAAAAGUAUUAUAAAAAUGGCCGAAGAAGUCGAUCGUAACGAUCCCGAACUGAAAUAUCUUUCCGUCGAACGGAACCAAUUUAAUGAUCCAGCAACUCAAGCUGAAUGGACACAGAAACGUCUUGUUUGGGUCCCACAUGAGAACCAGGGAUUCGUAGCUGCUAGCAUUAAACGCGAACAUGGUGACGAAGUUGAAGUGGAGCUCGCCGAAACUGGGAAACGUAUUAUGGUUUUGCGCGAUGAUAUACAAAAGAUGAAUCCGCCGAAGUUCGACAAAGUCGAAGAUAUGGCGGAACUGACAUGUCUGAACGAAGCUUCCGUUUUACACAACAUCAAGGACAGAUAUUAUUCUGGUUUAAUUUAU